GUCACUCUGGCGGGGCGAUCUGCAAGGGAUAGAGCAGGGGGCCCCAACCAUGGUCCCUUUAAGACUUGUGGACUUCAACUCCCAGAGUUCCUCAGCUAGCUGGAGACCCCUGGGAUAGAGGACGAGGAUGUGGCCUAAACUCCGCCCCUUAUCCCGGAAGUGCCGGUGGAGGAUGGUUUCCAGCCGGUAGUUAGCCCAGUCCGGCGUCGGAUCGGGUGGAGGGGGAAAAAAAAGAAAAAGCUGCUGGAUCCGGACUUAUGCGGGAUGGCGGACCGCGGCAUCGGCUCCUCGGAGCAUCUGGAGCGGCUGCACGAGAUUUUUCGCGGCCUCCAUGGAGAGUUGCAAAGCGCCCCGGAGAGGCUGCGCGGGAACCUGGCGGUUGAAGAGAAAAAAAAGUUAAUGCGAGAGUUUGAUGAAAAACUAAAAGAGGCAAAUGAAACGUUAAGGGAAAUGGAAGAAGAACUGAAAUAUGCCCCAGUGUCCUUCCGUAAUCAAAUGAUGAUUAAAAUUAGAACUUACAAAGGAGACCUUAGCACAUUUCAUAGGAAAAUGAAAAGUAUGGAUUUGGGAGUAGCUCCGAGUACACGUGGAAAUUCAAAGUUUGGUAUUUUCUCUACGGAAAAUGAGCAGAGAACUCAGAUGCAGUCUCAGAGGGUGUUACUGCUUCAGGGAACAGAAAGCUUGAACCGAGCCACUCAGAGCUUGGAUCGGACACAUCAAAUUGCUGCAGAAACUGAUCAAAUUGGUAGUGACAUCAUUGAAGAACUAGGUGGGCAGCGUGAGCAGCUGGAACGCACCAAAGGCAGAUUAGUAAACACAAAUGAAAAUUUAAGCAGAAGUCGGAAGAUCCUACGUUCCAUGUCAAGAAGAUCCUUAUAGGUUAAAUCAACCUCUUCCAAUCAGAACAUUACUAAAAUGAAGACUUUCAGAAUUUCCAGCUAGCCCAAAGCCAUGUUGAAUAAAAUCUGGCACGGGAAAGAUAGGAUUAGGCUGCAUGAAACUAUCUUGUCCGAGCCACAACAGAACAAAUAUUGAGGAGUUUCCACAACAGAAUCUGAAGAGAUUCUACACUUCAUGGAAAGUUACUGUCCAGAUCAUGGAAAAACACAGGUCUGUUUUGCAAUCAUAUUUGCUAAUGCACAGUUCCAAAUGAUUUAAGAUUAUACUGUUUUAUUCUUUUCAAUUGUACCUGCUUCAGCAUUUGUACCUGCUUAUUAGCAUUUGGUGCCAGUGUGCUUUUAAAAAAAUUAAAACAAGCAUAAAAGAAAUGAAAUAAAUAUGUGUGAUAUGUGACAUAUUUCUUAAAAAUACACUGCAACUGUACAAUUAAUUCAGUAAGCACUGUAAUUAUGAAUAAAACGCAUUGAGGAAACUGCCAUGUGAGUAAAAUACUGGUUAUUGUAAGCAAAUC